AUGUGUGCGAUUAAAAUGCAUCUCAUUUCAAUUCAUUUUAAUUCGGAGGUCAGUUUGGAAAAUAACAGUGUUGCUGGUUGCUUGCCCUGGUUCCGAACUCCAACUAACCAACUAAUCCAUGAAACUCUCGGUUUCCUUUCUUCUCCUGUCCAUCCUGUUCCAUUCAGAGAUGAUCACCGCUGGUCACAAGAUGCAUGCUCAUUCAUGAUGAUACAUAGAGACGCCCAUACAUAUGCGACAUCUAAGAGAUCUUUUGGUCAGAUCUCAGUAAUGGCAGCAAUACUUGACGUGUUGGUAGCACGACAUAGUACCGAUGGAAUUGAAUGUAUUUUUAUGUAUUGUUACCAACAGGAGCGAUGGCUGUGGAAUCCAGCAAAAUAA